CACAGUGGCACUAUUUCACUGACACCAACAAGGGACACAUCCCACCACCCCCUCCCCAGGAAUGAUGUUGCCCAGCUUGCAGAACUAUGUGGACAGGUUGAUGUUUGAGGGCCAGUGUGCAGACUGUGCGUUGGUGAACGUCCGUACCCGCAGGGUGAUGGCGGCCACCCCAGGGGGAUCACUGGAACACCUGACCCGGCGUGAGAUUAGGAGGAUACUGGCCAGAGAGAGAGAGGCCAUCCAGACACAGGGAGUGAGCCUGGGGGGGCUGCGCUGUACUCUGUUGAGGGACAAAAUGGUCACCCCAGGAGAGAGGUCCAUGGACCUGCGCACCAAGCAAAGGCCCAGCCGGGGUGUCAGCAGCGAAUUCCUCAACCACAAGGCCUAUCAGAUGGCUGCAUGCCUUCGCAAUGCAGGAUCAUCACAACUUGCUUGAAUGUACUGCUUACCUGUAUGUACUGCUUACCUGAACUAUUGCUUGGGACGACAUUCCUGUGUCAUGGACAAUAUGGGAUUUAUG